AUGAUUGCCGCACCAAUUCCCAAGAUCCCGUCCCUCACGAUCCCGGAGGAAGUUAAAGUUAUACCCUCCGUGAAGAUCGAACCUACUGUGGUUGACUCUUUGCAGCAGGAGUUCGUAGAACCACCUCUGUUGAACGAACUGACGACGGUAGACCGGCUGCUGAUCACGAAGCGACUCCCCGUCAAGAACGUGCUCUGCAUGCGCGGCAAGAAGAACAGAUUCUUCGUUAGAACUUCAGAUCAAAAUCUUAUUUAUACCAUAGAAGAAGAGAAUAAUUGGUGGGUUGGCUACCUUUGCUAUGGUCUGCGUCCGCUCCAGCUCCGCGUCAGAAAUUGCCAUGGCAUGGAAGUCAUGACGAUAAACAGACCUUUCGCCUUCACGUCCCGGGUUCUGCCCUGCCAAUUGCAGACCCUUGAGAUAUUUUCUCCCCCAGGACACCUUAUAGGAACUGUGCAGCAGCAAUGGACGGCUCUGAGGCCUUUGUAUCUGGUGUUAAACGAAAGGGGUGAUUCUUUGUUUUGGAUUCGUGGUCCAGUUAAUACGUUGACUUGCUUCAAGGACGUUCAGUUCCAGAUCCAAAGGACAGAUGGAGAACACGUCGGCGCCACAUGCAAGCGCUGGCAGGGCUUGACGCAUGCACUAUUUUUUGCACCAGUUAGUGACAGGUUUGGGGUCGCAUUUGAACAGAACCUAACUGUAGAAGAAAAAGCGUUGUUAAUGUCGGUGACGAUUCUACUGGACUACAUGUACUAUGACUCCUGA